AUGCCGUCCCCUCUGUCCCCGCAGGAGUGCGUCAAGGAGAAGCUGAGCCUCAUCCAUGGCUUCCUCCAAGCCGACGUCCAGAAUCAGUUGAGCGAGCUGGAAGCCAAACUCCGCUGUGAGGAGCUGUCGGAGGAGAGGUACCUGGCCAAGGUGAAAGCUCUGCUGCACCAAGAGCUCUCGGCGGAGAAUGGAGAUGCAGCGCCGCUGGUGCAGGCGUCCAACGGGUGCUCCAAAAAUGGUGCCUAUGGGAGCGACGAGGACUCGGAGAGAGCAGGACCCGAUGGGGAAGAAGACAGCGCCAUGGAGAUGGAAGAAGCAGCCGCCUCUUCAUCCUCCUCUUCGUCGGUCCCCAUGCCGCGGGCUCGCAAGGCCAGGAGGAGCCGAUCCAACGGGGAAAGCAAAAAGUCUCCCGCCAGUUCCCGGGCUACUCGGAGCUCCGGCCGGCAGCCGACCAUCCUGAGCAUGUUCUCCAAAGGGUCCAACAAACGGAAAUCGGAGGAGGUGAACGGGGAAGUGAAGCAGGAGGUGAUGAGCGUGGAGAAAGAGGAAGAGGAGCUGGAGGAGAAGGAACAAGAUGAGAAAAGGAUUAAAAUCGAAACCAAAGAAGGGUCAGAGAUAAAAGAUGAAAUUACUCAGGUUAAAACUACACCACCUGCUAAAACCACCCCUCCCAAGUGCGUCGACUGCAGGCAGUACCUUGAUGAUCCUGACCUCAAAUUCUUCCAAGGGGAUCCCGAUGACGCCCUGGAGGAGCCAGAAAUGCUGACGGAUGAGCGCUUGUCCAUCUUCGACGCUAACGAAGAUGGCUUUGAGAGCUACGAGGACCUGCCGCAGCACAAAGUCACCUCUUUUAGUGUCUACGACAAGCGAGGUCACUUGUGCCCCUUUGACACCGGCCUGAUCGAGAGGAACAUCGAGCUGUACUUCAGCGGUGCUGUGAAGCCCAUCUACGACGAUAACCCUUGUCUGGACGGUGGGGUGAGAGCCAAGAAGUUGGGACCCAUAAAUGCCUGGUGGAUCACGGGGUUCGACGGAGGGGAGAAGGCUUUGAUCGGCUUCACCACAGCCUUCGCGGAUUACAUCCUGAUGGAGCCCAGCGAGGAGUACGCUCCCAUCUUCGCCCUCAUGCAAGAGAAGAUCUACAUGAGCAAAAUCGUUGUGGAGUUCCUGCAGAACAACCGCGACGUCAGCUACGAGGAUCUGCUCAACAAAAUCGAGACCACCGUACCUCCCGCGGGGCUGAACUUCAACCGCUUCACAGAAGACUCGCUCCUGCGGCAUGCCCAGUUCGUGGUGGAGCAGGUGGAAAGCUAUGACGAAGCCGGGGACAGCGACGAACCCCCCGUCCUCAUCACACCCUGUAUGAGGGACUUGAUCAAGUUGGCUGGAGUCACCUUGGGGAAGAGGCGAGCCGUCAGGCGGCAAGCCAUCCGGCACCCUACCAAAAUAGACAAGGACAAGGGUCCCACCAAAGCCACCACCACCAAGCUGGUGUACCUCAUCUUCGACACCUUCUUCUCGGAGCAGAUCGAGAAGGACGAGAGGGAAGACGACAAGGAGAACGCCAUGAAGCGCCGACGCUGCGGCGUUUGCGAGGUCUGCCAGCAGCCCGAGUGUGGGAAGUGCAAGGCUUGCCAGAACAUGGUGAAGUUUGGGGGCAGCGGACGGAGCAAGCAGGCUUGUUUGCAGAGGAGGUGUCCCAACCUGGCUGUGCGGGAAGCUGAUGAGGACGAGGAGGUGGAUGACAACAUCCCCGAGAUGCCAUCGCCCAAGAAGAUGCUGCAGGGUAGGAAGAAGAAGCAGAACAAGAGUCGUAUCUCCUGGGUGGGAGAGCCCAUCAAGAGCGAUGGGAAGAAGGACUACUACCAGAGGGUCUGCAUUGACUCGGAGACCCUGGAGGUGGGAGACUGUGUCUCCGUCAGCCCCGACGAUCCCACCAAGCCCCUCUACCUCGCCAGGGUGACAGCAAUGUGGGAGGACAGCAGCGGCCAGAUGUUCCACGCACACUGGUUCUGCCCCGGCUCAGACACCGUCCUGGGGGCCACCUCUGACCCCCUGGAGCUCUUCUUGGUGGAUGAAUGCGAGGACAUGCAGCUCUCCUACAUCCACGGCAAAGUCAAAGUGAUCUACAAGGCACCUUCGGAGAACUGGUCCAUGGAGGGCGGGCUGGACAUGGAGAUCAAGAUGGUGGAAGACGACGGGAGAACUUACUUUUACCAGAUGUGGUACGACCAGGAGUAUGCUCGGUUCGAAUCCCCACCGAAAACUCAGCCCACGGAAGACAAUAAAUACAAGUUCUGCAUGAGCUGCACGCGCCUGGACGAGGUGAGGCACAAGGAGAUACCCAAAGUGGCUGAGCCCCUGGAGGAAGGGGAUGGGAAGAUGUUCUACGCCAUGGCUACCAAGAACGGAGUGCAGUACAGGGUGGGAGAUGGCGUCUACCUCUUGCCAGAAGCCUUUUCCUUCAGCAUGAAACCCGCCAGCCCAGCCAAGCGCCCCAAAAAGGAGGCGGUGGAUGAGGAGCUGCACCCGGAGCACUACCGCAAAUACUCGGAGUACAUCAAGGGCAGCAACCUGGAUGCCCCCGACCCUUACCGCGUGGGCCGCAUCAAAGAGAUCUUCUGCAACAUCCGCAGCAACGGCAAACCCAAUGAGGCUGACAUCAAGCUGCGCAUCUACAAGUUCUACAGACCUGAAAACACGCACAAGUCCAUGAAAGCCAGCUACCACGCAGACAUCAACCUCCUGUACUGGAGCGACGAGGAGACAACAGUCGACUUCCGUGCCGUGCAGGGCCGUUGCACGGUGGUGUAUGGGGAGGAUCUGACGGAGAGCAUCCAGGACUACUCCGCCGGUGGGCUCGACCGCUUCUACUUCUUGGAGGCUUACAACGCAAAAACCAAGAGCUUUGAAGAUCCUCCCAACCAUGCUCGGAGCUCGGGCAAUAAAGGGAAGGGGAAGGGGAAAGGGAAAGGCAAAGGCAAAGGGAAGUCGUCGGUGAGCUGCGAGCAGAGCGAGCAGGAGCCGGCUGAGCUGAAGCUCCCCAAGCUGCGGACCCUGGAUGUCUUCUCUGGCUGCGGAGGGCUGUCAGAGGGCUUCCACCAGGCAGGCGUGUCGGAGACGCUCUGGGCCAUCGAGAUGUGGGAACCGGCCGCCCAGGAUUUCCGGCUGAACAAUCCCGGCACAACCGUCUUCACGGAGGAUUGCAACGUCCGGCUGAAGCUGGUCAUGUCCGGCGAGAAGACCAACUCGCUGGGGCAGAAGCUGCCGCAGAAGGGGGAUGUGGAGAUGCUGUGCGGUGGUCCCCCGUGUCAAGGCUUCAGCGGCAUGAACCGCUUCAACUCCCGCACCUACUCCAAGUUCAAGAACUCCCUGGUGGUCUCCUUCCUCAGCUACUGCGACUACUACAGACCGCGGUUCUUCCUUCUGGAGAAUGUCAGGAAUUUUGUGUCCUUCAAGCGUUCCAUGGUGCUGAAGCUCACCCUGCGCUGCCUUGUCCGCAUGGGUUACCAGUGCACCUUCGGGGUGCUACAGGCUGGCCAGUACGGUGUGGCCCAGACGCGGCGGAGAGCCAUCGUCCUUGCCGCAGCUCCCGGCGAGAAGCUGCCCGUCGGGGGGGACGACAAGAAGUGCGUUAGCAAUAUCACCCGGACAUAUUCCGGCCCCUUCCGCACCAUCACUGUGCGGGACACCAUGUCCGACCUGCCGGAGAUCAGGAAUGGUGCCUCUGCCCUGGAAAUCUCCUACAACGGGGAGCCCCAGUCCUGGUUCCAGCGGCAGAUCCGGGGCUCCCAGUACCAGCCCAUCCUCAGGGACCAUAUCUGCAAGGACAUGAGCGCCCUGGUCGCAGCGCGGAUGAGACACAUCCCUUUGGCCCCGGGUUCAGAUUGGCGCGACCUGCCCAACAUCGAGGUGCGACUGUCGGACGGCACGACCACGCGCAAGUUGCGGUACACGCACCACGAGAAGAAAAACGGCCGCAGCAGCUCUGGGGCGCUGCGGGGGGUCUGCUCCUGUGCCGAAGGCAAGCCCUGCGACCCUGCAGACCGGCAAUUCAACACCCUCAUCCCUUGGUGCCUGCCCCAUACUGGCAACCGGCACAACCACUGGGCUGGGCUCUACGGCCGCCUGGAGUGGGAUGGCUUCUUCAGCACCACCGUCACUAACCCUGAGCCCAUGGGCAAGCAGGGUCGGGUGCUGCACCCGGAGCAGCACCGGGUGGUGAGUGUGAGGGAGUGUGCCCGCUCCCAGGGCUUCCCCGAUACGUAUCGCCUCUUCGGGAACAUCCUCGACAAGCACAGACAGGUCGGUAACGCAGUGCCUCCUCCUCUAGCCAAAGCCAUCGGGCUGGAGAUCAAGUCGUGCAUGGUGGCGAAGUUGAGGGAAGACACAGCGGACCUCAGCGCCCUGGAGAAGAUGGAGACCACGGAGAAGAUGGAGACCGUGGAGAAGAUGGAGACCAUGGAAACUGCCGACUGA